AUGUACAACGGCCAGCCCAACCUUCUCGAUCACCAGCAGCUUCGCAAUGUUCAGUUCACAACAACCAACAUCCUGAUCGAGGCGUUCGCUGCAGGAAACCUCUCUACGUUGAACGACGAAGUCUUGCGACGUCGUGCAGAGAAUCAUCUUGGUUGGGUUUCCAACUCCCUCGACUCGGCGCAAGCUCGCCUCGUCGUCGCACAGACUCGCUGCCUCGUUCUGACGCACAUCGACAAGGCUGCCGCGUCGACUACCAUUCGCUUUGCUGUCUUGGGCGUCGCCCUCGACUUAGACCUCUGCCUCCGCCGCGACACUAGCUCUGUGGAGGUUCCCAAGGCGUUAUAG